AAAGGCAGCCAGGGGAUGGGGCGCGCGUUCGUGUACGUCGUCCUGGGCGGCGGCGUGGCCGCCGGCUACGCCGCGCUCGAGUUCGCCCGCCGCGGCGGCUACUCCCGCGGCGAGCUCUGCAUCAUCUCCGAAGAGGCCGUUGCUCCUUAUGAACGUCCUGCAUUAAGCAAAGGCUAUUUACUCCCAGAAGGUCCUUCCCGUCUUCCAAAAUUUCAUACUUGUGUGGGUGCUAAUGAUGAGUUACUGACAACAAAAUGGUACAAGGAACAAGGUAUCGAACUUGUUCUUGGAACAAGAGUGAUAUCAGCUGAUGUGAGACGGAAGACAUUGCUUACGGCUACCGGAGAAACUAUCAGCUAUAAGACGCUUAUAAUUGCAACAGGUGCUCGGGCUUUGAAGCUGGAAGAGUUUGGAAUUAGCGGUUCAGAUGCUGCAAACAUAUGUUAUUUACGCAAUCUUGAAGAUGCAGAUAAGUUAGUGAAUGCGAUGAACACAUGUUCUGGUGGAAAUGCUGUUGUCAUCGGUGGUGGCUACAUAGGAAUGGAAUGUGCAGCAGCAUUGGUGACCAAUAAGAUAAAAGUAACCAUGGUCUUCCCGGAAAAACACUGCAUGGGUCGGCUGUUCACAGAAAAGAUUGCAGAAUAUUAUGAAAGCUACUACACUUCCAAAGGAGUUACCUUUACCAAAGGAACAGUGCUUACAUCCUUUGAGAAAGACUCAACAGGGAAGGUGACUUCCGUAAUUCUAAAAGAUGGUAACCACCUUCCUGCUGAUAUGGUAGUUGUUGGUAUUGGGAUCCGUGCAAAUACCAGCCUUUUUGAAGGUCAGCUGUUGAUGGAGAAAGGUGGCAUAAAGGUGAACGGGCAAAUGCAAAGUAGUGACAGCUCUGUGUACGCUGUUGGUGAUGUUGCCGCGUUCCCUAUCAAGCUCUUUGACGGUGAUAUUCGACGGCUUGAGCAUGUUGACUCAGCUCGUAGAACCGCUAGGCACGCUGUUGCGGCCAUCUUGGAGCCUUCCAAAACUAGGGACGUCGAUUACCUGCCAUUCUUCUACUCCAGAGUCUUCACACUGUCCUGGCAGUUCUACGGGGAUAAUGUUGGAGAAGUAGUCCACUACGGUGACUUCACAAGAAGCAGCCCAAGGUUCGGUGCCUACUGGGUCGGUAAGGGUCAGAUCACGGGCGCAUUUCUGGAAGGUGGAAGCCGAGAAGAGUACGAGGCGUUGUCACUUAUUGUUCGGCGCAAAACAAAGGUCUCAAACAUGCCUGAACUUGAAAAACAAGGCCUGGCGUUUGCGGUCCAGGAAAGCAAGAAAGACGUACCUGACGGUGGGGUAACCCUUGGUGAAAAGCCCGCUUUUGUAUGGUAUGCGACGGCAGGGGUUGUUGCAGCUGUGUCGAUUUCUGUAUUUGGUUAUUGGUACGGCAGGAAGCGCCGCAGGUGGUGAAUCUUGGAAUUGGUUUGCACACCGCUGAGCUGAUGGAAGAAUGGAGGAGGAAGACCGGUGUUGCGUUAUUGUUUACUGUUACUUGGAGGAAUCAGUCCUGUAUAAACCUGUACGAAAGUGUAAUCUUUGUAUCGAAUGUAAACAAAUAUAGAAAUCCCAUCAUAUAUACUGUUAAAUGAAAUGAAAAUGAGAUGAUGUUACUAAGUC